GCUGUUCAAUUAACCCCUAGACGAUGGCUGAACCUGCAGGAGUACCAAAGCAAAAAACUAAUGGCAGACCAUGGGGUUACAGUUCAGAAAUUCUUUGUAGCUGAUUCUGCAAAUGAUGCCCUGGAGGCUGCUCAGAGACUAAAGGCAAAGGAGAUUGUUCUGAAGGCACAGAUUUUGGCUGGAGGGAGAGGGAAAGGUGUUUUCAAUAGUGGAUUGAAAGGAGGAGUUCAUCUAACUAAGGACCCUAAGAUUGUUGAACAGCUUGCUAAACAGAUGAUUGGGUACAAUCUGUCAACAAAGCAAACUCCAAAGGAUGGUGUGACAGUUAAAAAGGUGAUGGUUGCAGAAGCGCUGAAUAUUUCCAGGGAAACAUACUUUGCAAUCUUGAUGGACAGAGCCUGCAAUGGACCUGUUAUGGUUGGCAGUCCACAGGGUGGUGUUGACAUAGAAGAAGUUGCAGUUACAAGCCCAGAACUUAUUUUUAAGGAGGAAAUAGAUAUUUUUGAAGGCAUAAAGGAUCAUCAGGCAUUGCAGAUGGCAAAAAAUUUGGGAUUCAAAGGACCUUUGCAACAGCAGGCAGCAGAUCAAAUUAAGAAGCUGUAUAACCUUUUCUUGAAAAUUGAUGCCACUCAGGUUGAAGUGAAUCCCUUUGGUGAAACUCCAGAAGGACAAGUUGUUUGCUUUGAUGCCAAGAUAAACUUUGAUGACAAUGCAGAAUUUAGGCAAAAAGAAAUAUUUGCCAUGGAUGACAAGUCUGAAAAUGAGCCUAUAGAGAAUGAAGCUGCCAAAUAUGACUUAAAAUAUAUAGGACUGGAUGGAAAUAUUGCUUGCUUUGUCAAUGGAGCUGGGCUUGCAAUGGCAACAUGUGAUAUAAUAUCCUUGAAUGGUGGAAAACCAGCCAACUUCUUGGAUCUCGGUGGAGGUGUGAAAGAAGCACAAGUAUAUCAAGCAUUCAAGCUGCUGACUGCUGAUCCAAAGGUUGAAGCAAUACUUGUGAACAUUUUUGGUGGGAUUGUGAACUGUGCCAUUAUAGCCAAUGGUAUAACCAAAGCCUGCAGAGAGCUAGAGCUGAAAGUACCUCUGGUGGUCAGACUGGAAGGCACAAAUGUUCACGAAGCCCAACGUAUUCUGAACGAAAGUGGACUCCCCAUCAUGUCUGCAAAUGACCUUGAGGAUGCAGCCCAGAAGGCAGUGGCUAGUGUGGCCAAAAAAUAGCAACUUGAAGAUGUUCUGAUGGAGAGUGUGUGUUUCACAAGACUUCAUUCCUGUUGCUCUUUCAGAGAGGAUUAGUGGAGUUUUUCUAAGCAGUCAUCAGUGUUGGUGGACUUAAUUUGUGACACAUGACAAACUUAGGCCUUUGGUUUACAAGGUAGUCUUCAGAAAUUUUACAUCUACAUUCUUGAAAGGUUUGUAUGUGUUUGUAGCAUUUUGGUAAUUUUGUUGUUCAGACCUGUAAUAAGACUUCACUUCAUAAAGCCCUUUUUCUGCUUUCCUUCCAAAAUCAUCACUAGUAAACUCGAGA